UACUGAACUCAGUUCAAAAUCAGCUUUUAUAGUGAACAGACGUGUGCUACUGCAAGGAAUAUUUAAUUUAUAUUUAAUACCGGGUAAACAUGGCAACGGACAACCUAACAGCUGUGCUCCAUGGCAUCGAGGACCUGCGUCUGGAGCAACGUCCGAUUCCGGAAAUCGCCGACGAUGAGGUGCUGCUGGCCAUGGACAGCGUGGGCAUCUGUGGAUCUGAUGUGCACUACCUCGCCCAUGGUCGCAUUGGAGACUUUGUGCUGACCAAGCCAAUGAUCAUUGGCCACGAGGCAGCUGGUGUUGUGGCCAAACUGGGCAAGAAGGUGACCCAUCUGAAGGUGGGUGACCGUGUGGCCAUCGAGCCGGGAGUGCCAUGCCGCUACUGCGACCACUGCAAGGGUGGUCAGUACAAUCUCUGCGCCGACAUGGUCUUCUGUGCCACUCCACCUUAUGAUGGAAAUCUGACAAGGUACUACAAGCAUGCGGCGGACUUCUGCUUCAAGCUUCCCGAUCACGUGUCCAUGGAGGAGGGUGCGCUCUUGGAGCCACUUUCAGUGGGAGUGCACGCCUGCCGCCGCGCCGGAGUCGGCUUGGGCUCCAAGGUGCUCAUUCUGGGUGCCGGACCUAUUGGCCUGGUCACCCUACUGGCCGCUCAGUCCAUGGGAGCUUCGGAGAUUCUGAUCACUGACCUGGUGCAGCAGCGUCUGGAUGUGGCCAAGGAGCUAGGAGCCACGCACACGUUGCUUUUACAGCGGGAUCAGCCUGCCGAGGAGACCGUCAAGGUAGUUCAUGAGACGAUGAGCGGAGUUCCGGACAAAGCCAUCGAUUGCUGUGGAGCUGAGAGCAGCGCCAGACUGGCCAUCUUUGCCACACGAUCCGGUGGAGUGGUGGUGGUUGUGGGCAUGGGAGCUCCAGAGGUGAAGCUGCCACUGAUCAAUGCCUUGGCCCGUGAGAUUGACAUCCGAGGAGUUUUCCGUUACUGCAAUGACUAUUCCGCCGCCUUGGCCUUGGUGGCCUCCGGCAAGGUGAACGUGAAGCGUCUGGUGACGCACCACUUCGACAUCACAGAGACGGCCGAGGCGUUCGAGACUUCGCGCCUCGGCAAAGGAGGGGCCAUCAAGGUCAUGAUCCACGUCCAGCCGCGGGAUGCCAACAAUCCAAUAAAAUUCUAAAUAUAUAAAAUCUUAUCUUUAAACCUA